GAGUGUCCCAGCACAGCCAUUUUCAGUCUUUAUACUGGUGCCAGUAGCGAUACACUGCAGGCAUCGCGGAUACAGUGAAUACGAGAGCCGUGCAGAAUGGAGAUCUGGAGGCUACAGUGCGAUAGCGCGGGUGUUCACUGAUACAGUUCAUCAAAAUAACCGAAUAAUCAGAGAACCGGGCGCCGUUUAUCGGCCACUCCAAGCUGCGCCCUUAUCCGAAUUUGAGCAGGGGAAGCCAGCUUUGUGUUGUUUUGUUUUUUUUUUGGUUCACCUGGCGAAUUUGCAAACACAAAUCAAGCUAAAGUGCCACCCGUCUGGGCUUUGGAAUAAAGCGUAUCAAGACAGCAUCGCUCCACGCUGCCUGCGCGUAUUAACGAAUAGAUUAUUCCCACAUCAUCAGAGAGACCUGCGCGCCGGGAUCUGGCACAGCUGGAUAAAGCGAGUGGCGUCUUUCCGAUUCCUGAUCCUCACACCCCCGUGCCAUGUCCACGAUGGUUUACCCUCGCGAGGAGAAGCUGGACAGGCUCACUCAGGAUGAGAUCGUGUUAAACACCAAGGCUGUGAUCCAGGGGCUGGAGACCCUGAAGAACGAGCACAACUCCAUCCUGAGCACCCUGCUGAGCAGCGUGCAGAGCCUGGAGAAAGAGAGGGGGAGCCAGGAGGCCAGCAGUGUGCAGGAGAAGACAGGGCUGCUGCGCAAGAGCCUGGAUUCCAUCGAGCUGGGGCUGGGGGAGGCACAGGUGAUCGUCGCUCUGUCCAGCCACCUCAGCGCUGUGGAGUCGGAGAAGCAGAAGCUGCGUGCCCAGGUGAGGAGGCUGGUGCAGGAGAACCAGUGGCUGCGGGAUGAGCUGGCAAACACCCAGCAGAAACUGCAGAGGAGCGAGCAGAGCGUGGCCCAGCUGGAGGAGGAGAAGAAGCACCUGGAGUUCAUGAACCAGAUCAAGAAGUUCGACGACGAUGCCUCCUCCCCUUCCGAUGAGAAGAGUGCUGAGACCUCCAAGGACAGUCUGGACGACCUUUUCCCCAAUGAUGAUGACCAAGGGCAGGCCCAGCAGCACAGCAGUGGCGAGGCCGCUGCCCAGCACGGCGGGUAUGAGAUCCCGGCUCGGCUCCGCACCCUCCACAACCUGGUGAUCCAGUACGCCUCCCAGGGGCGCUACGAGGUAGCCGUGCCGCUCUGCAAGCAGGCCCUGGAGGACCUGGAGAAGACCUCGGGCCACGACCAUCCCGACGUGGCCACCAUGCUCAACAUCCUGGCCCUCGUCUACAGGGACCAGAACAAGUACAAGGAGGCGGCCCACUUGCUCAACGAUGCUCUCGCGAUCCGAGAGAAGACGCUGGGAAGGGACCAUCCUGCGGUAGCGGCCACUCUGAAUAACCUGGCAGUGCUCUACGGCAAGCGAGGGAAAUACAAGGAAGCCGAACCGUUGUGCAAGAGAGCCCUGGAGAUCAGGGAGAAGGUUCUGGGGAAGUACCACCCCGAUGUAGCCAAGCAGCUGAACAACCUGGCUCUGCUGUGUCAGAACCAGGGCAAGUACGAGGAGGUGGAGUAUUACUAUCGCCGGGCCCUGGAGAUCUACGAGUCCAAACUGGGAUCGGACGACCCCAACGUGGCCAAAACCAAGAACAACCUGGCCACCUGUUAUCUGAAGCAAGGCAAAUUCAAGGAUGCCGAAGCUCUGUAUAAAGAGAUCCUGACCCGCGCUCACGAGAAGGAGUUCGGAUCAGUCAACAGUGACAAUAAACCCAUCUGGAUGCAUGCAGAGGAGAGGGAAGAAAGCAAGGAUAAGCGCAGAGACACUGGUGUCUAUGGGGAGUAUGGAAGCUGGCACAAGGCCUGCAAAGUGGACAGCCCUACAGUCAAUACCACUCUGAAAAGCUUGGGGGCGCUAUACCGGCGCCAGGGCAAACUGGAAGCAGCAGAGACUCUGGAGGAGUGCGCCACAAAAACCCGUAAACAGGGAAUGGACGCCAUCAACCAGACCAGGGUAGUGGAGCUGCUGAAAGACGGGGCCCCAGCAGGGGGGGAGCGACGGCAGAGCAGGGAGGGGCUGAACGGGCCUGGGGGGUCCAGAGGGGAGAACCAGACCGACGGGGAGGAGGGGGCCGAAUGGAAUGGGGACGGCAGCGGUGUCCUGCGCAGGAGUGGUUCCUUCGGUAAGAUCCGGGAUGCUCUGCGCCGGAGCAGUGAGAUGCUUGUGAAGAAGCUCCAGGGGAGCUCACCGCAGGAGCCUCGCAACCCAGGAAUGAAGCGUGCCAACUCCCUUAACUUCCUCAAUAAGAGCGUGGAAGACCCGAUCCAGCAGUCUGCCAGCAGCCUGUCGGAAUCCAGGGGCCUGAGCGCCAGCAAUGUAGACUUAUCACGACGCAGCUCUCUGAUUGGCUGAAGAGGCAAGGCCCUCCCCCGGGUGUCCCGAAUCCCGCCUGAUCGAAACGCCAACGUUCCCGUCUUCCUGGGGAAAAUGAAAACAGAAAAUUUACAUGAACACUUUUUUUUUUUUUUAUUAUUUUUAUUUAAAAUGUCUUUUGCCUUUUUGACCCCCCAAAAAAGGGUUGUUUUUUUUUGCCAUGAUUUGCACAGCUCCUGAGACAACGAUCUACUGUAUUUAACAAGGUUUUACUAAAACAAAGGCAGAAAGCCAGAAACUCAAUACAAAUCAGCAUGCUGCUUGAAUUUAUUAGACCAGAAGAUUUUUUUUUUUGAGGGGUUGUUUUGUUGCGGUAGUGGCUCCUAGUGGUUGAUUUGUGUAUAUUGCAGCGUGACUAGACGGCUCACUGAGCGCGCUCAGAACGAAGUCACCAAGUUGGCUGCUGUCAGCACAGAUUAAAAUAGGUUUUAAACACAUUAGUUACUGCAUGCAGUUAAAGACCUCUCUGUUUUCUAGCUGUCUUGUACUUUAUUGGUCACUUGGAGAGAAAUUGUCAACACCUUCUUUUCUGCCACUAACCAAUCCAGUUGCUUCCCCCUGGUUGACUGACAUGCUUUUCAGCCAGUAACAUGCAGUUAGGAAAGGCAACAGACUGACAAGGCCUGCUGUGUUUAUUUUUAGCUGAUUUAAAAAAAAAAAAAAAAAAAAAAAAAAAAAAAAAAAAAGGUUUAUAUUUUGCAGUAUGAAUUUUUACAGGGAUCUUCAUAUUAUACAGCAAUCUGUAAAUUUCAGGGGAAUUGUGAAUCUAUGAUAACCGAGGAAAAAAAAUAUAGCCUUAGCUAGAACAUGUGCAUCUUUCAAAACUCCACGUUUUGAGAGCUAUAUACCAGAAACACCACACACACGCACACACACACACACACACACACAGAGGAAAAGGCAUGAGCUAAUGUGAGUGCUUCUCUCUUAUAAAUGUAAUCACUAUCUAGUCAAAUUGCUCAAAACAAAUAGAAAAAUAACUGCUGUAGAAUUGUGAAGAGUUUAGCGGUUAGAAAUGCUGUCAGUAAUUGUGACAGGCCGAACCUAGAAACAAAACGAGGUAGUGUGAGGUGAUGGAAAUGCUUACAAGCGAAGAAUGGAACUGAGAUAUUUACAAUGGAAGCUGCUUCACGUUUAAUGCAUCUGCCUUUGGACGUUUAUUUGCAGAACAUGUCUGUUGCCGUGUUAUAUUUUGUCCCAUGUGUGUAGAAUCAAAGGCGUGGAAACAAGACUCCUUUUACAUAGCGGUUGCUUGAUCCAUUCCUGGUUUUGCUACGAAUUUAAUAAUAAGACGCACCUGAGCUUGUUCCCUAGACACACUGGGGGCUGACCAAGCUGGUAGCAGUAAAACCUGGACUGGAUCACACUGCUCUGCAAUAGGAGCCUUACUUAACAUAUUCCCCCAUGCAACACUGCCCCCUAGUGGGAGUUACCUCUUGAUCGUCUCCAGCGGGGGUGGGAAAUUCCGGUCCUGGGGGGCUGGUGUCCCGCCUGCUUUUUGUUCCAACUGUACCCUAGAUUUGGGAUACAGCUGGAACAAAGACCAGGGGAGACACCGGCCCUCCAGCAUUGGAGUUCUGGUCUAGAGCUCUCUGUUCAGCGUUAUGAGGUGUGAUACAAUAUUAAAAGAUGAUGUAGUUUCUAGAUGAGGCUCCCUUUCAGCAGUGGAUGCAAAGGAAGCAGGAACUUGAAAACGCGCCUUCAGCACACGUGGAGGAUAAGACAAUAGACAAGCUCUGUGAAUCCCAGGACAGCCAUUAAAGAGGAAUCCGCUUCUAUAGUAAAUAGUUCAUUUUUGGACGUCGGUAAAACUCCCUUCAAAAGACUCUUGAUUUUAAAAUGCUAGUUCUUUAAAAAACGAGAGCAACUAUGUUAAUACAAUGCUGAUAUUGAACCACGCGUGCAAAUGAAUUGUUUUCUGUAUAUAUAGGUAUAAAUUAUUAUUAUUAUUAUUUUGUUGUUGGUUUGUAUAUAGUUUGGCGUUUGUUUACAGUCGAUAUGUCUAGUUUAACACAGAAUUUCUGCAAAAUCAGAUCUUCAAAACCAAUUGCGUCUUUCCCACUAGUGUUUGAUAACUGACAAAGGAUUCUGUUACCCCCCCCCCCCAAUCUGAUUUUGCAUAAUUCCUGUAGAGGUGUAGCGACGCGCAGGCGCCAGUCACGAUCACGUGGUUCCCGCAUAAUUUUAAUAAAUUGUUCAAUAAAUAUACAGUUUGCAAAUCGA